AUGGCCGAAAAUAACAACUCGUCUACUUCGUGGCAGCAAUCAGCAGCCCAGAAAAGAGCGGCUGUUCACGCCUUGAUCCCCGACGCCUGGCGCAUAAGCCAGGUGCCGGCUACUGAAGAGCGACUUAAUAUCGCCGGCGACUAUAUUCGACAGCUCCUGAGUAUUCGCGAGACUGAAAUUACAGAAACGGAAGCGACUGAUAUUUUAGCGAAAACCACAAGUGGUGCAUGGACAGCUCGAGAAGUGGCCCUGGCAUUUUGUCAUCGCGCCGCAAUUGGCCAUCAAUUGGUCGCCUGUCUUCACGAAAUCUUCUUUGAUGCAGCAAUGGCCGAAGCUGAACGAUUGGACGAAUACUUUGCCAAACAUGAAAAGCCCAUCGGCCCGCUUCAUGGCCUACCCGUAAGCUUAAAGGACCAGUUCCACGUCAAGGGGGUCGAGACAACCAUGGGAUACGUGGGAUGGAUUGGCACUUUCCAAGGAAAAUCGGACACUGCAAAAGAAAAAGUGUUCGAGAGUGAGCUCGUGCGGGAGCUGAAAGAGCUUGGGGCCGUGCUCUUUUGCAAAACGACGCUCGCGCAGGCCGUCUUCACCUUUGAGCCACUGAACAACAUCUGGGGAUAUACGUACAGCCCAUUGAACAGACGACUACUUGCUGGGGGCAGCUCGAGCGGGGAGGCAGCGCUGAUUGCCAUGCGCGGCAGCCCCUUGGGAAUCGGAACGGAUUACGCCGGUAGUAUCAGAGUUCCUGCCAGCUUGAACGGCUUAUACGGUCUGCGACCGUCUUCAGGGCGCUUGCCGUACCAGGGCGCUGCGAAUAGCAACGACGGGCACAGCAUCAUGAGCUCGGUCCUUGGCCCCAUGUCGACAUCGGUUGGCGCUCUACGUGUCAUGGUGCAGGCGAUCUUGAGCCAGCAACCUUGGCUACACGAUCCACUUGUCGUCGAGAUGCCAUGGCGCGCCGAGGAUCACAUCUCGAGGAGAAAGCUCUCAUUCGGUAUUUUGAGGCAGGAUACAGAGGUGGCACCUCACCCUGCUAUCAGUCGCGCAGUCAACUUGGUCAUUGCUGCGAUUGAGGCCAUGGGGCAUGAGGUUGUGCAAUGGAAGCCUCCGCUUCACGCAGAGAUGUAUCAACUGAAGAACGAAAUCAGUGCUUGUGAUGGCGGCCACAACAUCCACGGAGAUUUACGUCUGUCGGGAGAGCCCCCUGUGUCACGUAUACCGAUGACGUUUGGGACGGAGCCCAAGGAGCCAAUGAAUGCAAUGGAAAUUGCCGCGCUGCACAUUCGGAAGCGCGAGUAUCAGAAAGAAUACAUGGAAUACUGGAAUAGCACGGCAAAAGUGACGUCUUCGGGCAGACCCGUGGAUGCCUUCAUCUCGCCGUUGAUCCCAUUUACGGGCAUGCGGCCAGGAUGGAACCGCUUUACAGUCAACUCGUCCGUCGUCAAUGUCUUGGACUAUGCAGCGUGUGCUUUUCCCGUCACGGUCGCGGACAAGACAGUCGAUGUGAUGGACACCGGCUACAAGCCACGGAGCGAGCGCGAUGCUUACAACAUUGCGAUGUACGACGCGGAGCUAUACGACGGCGCACCCGUUGGACUGCAGCUGGUGGGACGAAGACUGCAGGAGGAAAAGGUACUGGCUUUGACAGAAUUGGUGGCUGACGGGCUGGCCGAGAUGCGGUGUUGA